UCUCUCUCUCUCUCUCUCUCUCUCUCUCUCUCUCUCUUGAUAUUUUCUGUUUCAGAGCUUAGCUCUAGCUCUAAAAUUCCAGACUUCAAAUAUGGAGGUAACAGUGGCAAUAAGUGUCGCCCUGAGCCUUGUAUUUGUUGCCAUAAUAGUAAGAUGGGUAUGGGGUUUUCUGGAUUGGGUGUGGCUUAAGCCAAAGAAGCUUGAAAGAUGUUUGAGGCAGCAAGGCUUCGAAGGCAAUUCUUACAGGCUUUUGUAUGGAGACAUGAAGGAGUACGCUAUCACGCUCAAAAAAGCAAAAUCGAAACCCAUGAACCUGUCAACCUCCCAUGAGAUAGCACCUCGAGUAAUUCCUCUUCUGGCUCAAACUAUGAAAACUUACGGUAAGAAUUCUUUUGUAUGGAUCGGCCCCAUACCAAGGGUGAACAUUAUGAAUCCAGAAGACGUGAAAAAUGUUUUCACAAAACUUGGUGAUUUUCCAAAGCCGGCAUCAAAUCCACUUGUUAAGUUGCUAGCAACAGGCCUUGCAAGCUAUGAAGGGGAGAAAUGGGCUAAACACAGAAGGAUUAUCAACCCAACAUUCCAUUCUGAAAAGUUGAAGCGUAUGCUACCGGCAUUUUACCAAAGUUGUAAUGAUAUGAUUAAAGAAUGGGGGAGUGUGACGUCCAACGAGAGUUCAUCAUGUGAGUUUGAUGUCUGGCCUUCUCUUCAAAAUUUAACAGCUGAUGUAAUUUCUAGAACAGCAUUUGGGAGUAGCUAUCAAGAAGGGAGGAUAAUCUUUGAACUCCUAAAAGAGCAAGCAGGACAUGCAAUGAAAGCCGUUCUAAAUGUUUACAUUCCGGGAUGGAGGUUUUUACCAACUAAGAUGAACAAGAGGAUGAAACAAAUUGACAAAGAAAUAAGAGGUAUACUCAUGGGAAUUAUAAGAAAGAGAGAGAAAGCCAUUGAAGCAGGUGAAGCUACCAAAGAUGACUUACUAGGUGCACUGAUGGAAUCAAAUUUAAAGGACAUUCGAGAUCAUGGGAAGAACAACAAAAAUGGUGGGAUGAGUAUGGAAGAUGUAGUUGAGGAAUGCAAGCUUUUUUACUUUGCUGGGCAAGAGACCACUUCAGUGUUAUUAGUUUGGACAAUGGUCUUACUUUGUCAAAAUCAGAACUGGCAAGAUCGAGCAAGAGAAGAGGUUUUGCAGGUCUUUGGAAUGAACAAGCCAGACUUUGAUGGUCUAACUCACCUGAAAGUCGUAACUAUGAUUUUUCUUGAAGUGCUACGGUUAUACCCGGCAGUAGUUGUGCUUGCUCGAACCACUCCUAAGGAAACACAAGUUGGGAAAUUCUCAUUACCAGCUGGAGUCGAAGUCGGGAUACCAACACUGCUUAUUCACCAUGACAAGGAACUGUGGGGCGAUGAUGCAGAAGAAUUCAGGCCAGAGAGGUUUUCGGAAGGAGUAUCGAAGGCAACAAAUAGUCAGCUCUCGUUCUUUCCUUUUGGAGCAGGUCCUCGGAUUUGCAUCGGACAGAACUUUGCUAUGAUGGAAGCAAAAUUAGCCUUGGCAUUGAUCUUGCAACACUUCACAUUUGACCUUUCUCCGUCUUAUGCUCAUGCUCCUUCUAAUCUUAUAACCCUUCAACCACAGUAUGGUGCUCCUAUCAUGUUACACAGACGUUAACGGUUGUCUGCCAUAAGGUCGAAAGCGUUGUUAAACAGUAUACCCAUUUUACUUUAAGCUUGUAGCAUGAUA